CUCUUUCGCGCGCAUGCAGUCCAGCGCGCUUCCUGGCUGCGCCCGAGCGAACAUGGCAAUUCCAUUAAAAAACAACACUUGCCGCGCUCCGGGAACGGCGCGUGGUUUGCCUUCCCGGGCGCAGCCCCGCGGGCUGGCGGCCCAGCGGCGCGAGAGGCGCUCCGCGCGCCCCAACCGGCACGCCGUUGGCAAGUGGAGAGACCGCACCCCGCUGGAGCGAGGGCAGCGGGGCAGUCUGGCGCGCGCGGCGGGCGCCAGAUCUCCCUGCCUCCACGCCUUCUGCAGCGUCGACAACAAAACACCCAUGUUAUAGGGGAAGACGUCGCCACUGCGGCACUCUCCGGCGAGCCAAGACGAAGAGAGCGGGGGCAGGCGGGAGGAGGAGGAGGAGGAGGAGGAGGAGGAGGAGGAGGAGAGGAGGGAGGAGGAGGAGGAGGAGGAGGAGCGAAGCUUCCUCACGUCCAGCGGAACUUCAAGCUCCAGCCAAAGUGGGGGUUAGAAAAUGGAGCGAAGCUGCCUUGCGUCCAGAGGAGCUUCAAGCUCAAGCCAAAGUAAGCGAUAGAAAAUGGAGCGAAGCUUCCUCGCGUCCAGAGGAAUCUUCAAACUCAAGUUCAAGUGGGGGAUAGAAAAUGAUGCCAAUUUUACUCGCGUCCAGCGGCACUGCAAACUCAAAAAAAAUGAAGGGGAGCCCCAGGUUCCCGUGGGCCUGCAGAAGGUUGGUCUCCUGUCUGCGGUCCACGCGGCGCCAGAGCACCGCUUCCUUCGGAUCCUGGAAGACAGGAGGAAGAGGAGGAGGAGGAGGAGGAGGAGGAGGAUCUGGGGUGGGGGCAGGCGCAGAAGAUCUUGCAUGUGCAGCCGCGUGCAUAUCCACGAGGUUAUGCGGCCGCGUGCAUCAGAUGGUCGCGUUUCCCUCCAAGGACAGUACAGUCUCUUGCUGGAUGUGGACCACAAGCCGAUUCGACUAGCCCUGGGGGAAACAGCUGUCAGGCUGUCGGACGCCACGAGGCGCAGGGCUGUGUCAGCGCAGGACGAGUGUCCGAGCGCGGCCGAAAACGAGCACCACCGACAGCCAUACCCACAGCGCGAUACCUAUAAAUACUAUGGGCGCGUCUCCCCACAAGGCCAGUACAGUGCCAACAAUUUCACGCCAGCCGACGCCCCUCGAAAUGUGAUGAUGAAGCUGCUGAUGAUGAUACCCGUUGUCCGCAGGCUGUGGUGGCACCAGACACCAGCCCCAGAAAAGAACAGGCUGGUGGUGGCACGAAACCUACGCACCGUACUGGCACAGCAACUGUACAAUGGCCACGAGGCGCAGGGCUGUGUCAGCACAAGACGGGUGUCCGAGCGCGGCCGAAAACAAGCUCCACCGACAGCCAUACACACAGCGCGAUACCUAUAAAUGAGAGAGCGUGAUCCACCGCCGCUUUACUGUGGAACCCACAACGCAGGCAGGCAGGCAAACCGAUCGAGAGUCAAUGCUCGGCCCAGAAUCGGGCGCGACUGUGUUGAUCUCAGGCGUCACUUGGAGCCCGAGUGAAAAACGCACGAAGUCUCCUUCGUGCUCAUAUGUACAUUCUCCGUGCUUCGCGACUGUGUUGACCUCAGCCGUCUACCGUUGGAACCCACAACGCGCUACCGCCAAGAUACUUGCGUCUCUCCACAAAGCCAGUACAGUGCUGGCAACUGGUGAAGCUGAUGAUGAUGAGGAGGAAGAAGAAGAAAAAGAAGAUGGAGAAGAUGAAGAAGAAGAAGAAUAAUAAGAAGAAGAAGAAGAGGGUGUUGAUGCACGAUGGCGCUAGUAGUGAUGAUGAUUGCCACGCUAGGGGAAUUUCCCAGCACCUCUGCGGCGUUUGAAUGCUGGGUAUGAGACAAACCUGGAGGAAAAUCUACUGGAGACGCGAGGGGUGGGGGAAGAAAAUAAAAGAAAACGGAAGGCAACGCGGGCAAGGCCCCGCUUGGUCGUACAGGAGGACUCGGCAAUCAAGGCUCGAGUCGCAGGGCCGUGUUAGCACAGGACGUGUCCGAGUGCGGCCGAACUGCCGAGGCCUGAUCGGCCACUGGCAGGUUGCGCCGCGACGUGCAUGCCACUCCUCGCGCCACGACCACGCUCGUGCUGCUCCCC